AAAACCAAAAUUAAUAUUCUUUAUCCCCGAUGCAAAUUUUACAUCUUUAAAUGUUUUUAUUAUGUGCUUAAUUUCGACCUUAUGUUUAUUUGAUUUAUAACGUAUUCCGAAGGGCAUUUUUGGUUUGUUGUUGGCACUCCCAUCUGAGGAAUUGAAUGGUUCAGGAAUACCUGUCGCACAUGAAUAUAGCUUUUUCAUAGUAAAGGUUGGUUCGAUCAACUUUUGGUAUUUGAGUUACAAUCCAUGGUCAAAUUUACUAAAAGAAACAACACCCAACAAAACAUUGUGUUUUGAAUACUGUUAUUUAGUUAGUGACAAAUAAGUGUAAUUUUGAUUAAACAUUUCAAACCCCAGAUACAACUGAGUACUAGUUAAGUUGAAGGCGCAUGCCCAUAACCUAAGUUUGGGUCAGUGUUGAGUCAAAUAAGACCAGUUAUUCUCGCAUACAAUUCCAAUCUUGCCUUGUUUCCUGUUGUAAUGAAGGCGCGAGACCUGGGCGCUAUUUCAUGGCUCUGCUUAUCGUAAGCACAUAAUCGGCGAUUAAGGAAGCAGGGAAUUAUGCGUAUUUUGGCGUCUCCGCAGACGUACUCCACGUUACUAGGCAUUCUCUGCUCACAAGGCUAGAGCAGAAAUUUGGCGCUAGCAUGUCAAUCAGGGAAAUGUAUGCGCAGGAUUCGGUGGUAAGCAGAGCUAUGAAAUUGGGCCCAGCUAUACUCUCAUGCAAUAUGUAUUGCAAUCAUUGGCUGGUUUCUAAUUAAUUAAAUAGGGGACAGAUUGAACUUGUUUACUCCAAAAUUAAGUCUGCCCAGAGGUAUGGUUUGUCGGAUUAUGUAGUACUAUGUUCAUCUUGUAUGCAACCUAGAGGGCUCAUAUUUUACUUGAGGUGAGUGCAGCUUUUUUAUCUGAUGUUUUUUAUGGUCUGGAUGAUAAGAUCUUAAUUGCAGCGGCUAAUUACUUGUUAAUUAUGCAACCAAUUAUUCUAAUUCCACCUCUGAGUUGGCUCGUUGAGGUUUCUUUAGAAUUAUGAAAAUAAAAACUCUUGGUUAGGCCUACAUACAACUAAAAAAUUUGUUAAAAUUAGAAAGGAGGAAGGCAAAAUUCUACCGCCUUUAGAGGCACUGGACACUUUUGGUAAUUACUCAAAAUAAUUAUUAGCAUGAAACCUAACCUGGUACUGGGUAAUGGAGAGCUGUUGAUAGUAUUCUUUCAUUUGAAUGAGGCUUUUAAUGAACUUUAUUUCUAAGAAAAGUUUGGUUUAACCCGCCAUCCUUUUUAAAAGGCAUGUCUUUUCAGCUUUGUUCAUGCUACACUGACAAGUCUAUUCAAAAUCCACAGGUUUACGUUCAGUCACCAAUCGCCUGACCACACCGGUACAUGGCCUGGAGGACGUCUUCAUCACAGUCUCUCUGGACGGUCCCCUGAUGUCUGAGGCACUCAGGCGAGAGUUGAACCCCCUCAUUAUUAAGGUCAGCUCAGCGUCUUCCAUGCCCUCCACACCGCAGUCCUUCAGGGAACUGUCCAGACGCUGCAUGCCAGUGUACACAGCCUACACCUUUAAGGAGCCCAUGUAUGAGAGUUGCCGGAAGCCGCACGGCAGAAAUAUAUACUGGGAAGAUGUGAAUGUGGAGUUGUUGGGUAUUAUACCGAAGGGAGAGUUAGUUGAGUACUUUCAUGGUCCACCUUUAGAGGUUGAGGUGCAUGACAGGGAUCGUCGGCCUGAGGAGAUCAAACAGAAACCAACGUUAUUCGGGGAGGAUAUUGAAGAUGAUAAGAUCAGCAAUGUGGGUAUGGUGACCGCCAAGCGUACUCUUCACAACCCAUUCCACACUCACAUCAAGCCCUGGGAUCCGUACGGCUUGGCUAAGUUUGACCUCUCCGACCUCCUGCUUGGUGAGCGAGUCUUGAACCUGACCUCGCCCAUCCACAGCUGCCAACUACCAGAUGUGAUUGGCCGCAAUAGAACAGACACCAGACUCAUUGGAUAUUCAAAUUCAGCGGAUGGCCCAAAGGAUGAACCAUUACCAAUGGGUCACUAUUUGGAAUCUCACAGUCAGCUUAAGAUCCGGGUAGAGGUAUCCUACCCACUGACAUCAUCGCAGGAGGUGAAACUCAAAGAAGAGAUGGAAACACCUCCAGAGUGUCCAUUUGCUAGGAUGGUGUACAUCUUUGAGUGCAAGAACACAGAGUUUCUACACAUGCUGGUGAAGCUUGUAACUUUGAUCAACGCUACUGCACUAAACCUAGAUCAGAUGCCACCGCAUAUCAUUGAGGCAGCGUUAUCCACCUACAAACUGUCUGAAGCCCAACAGGAGAGUCCGAUCCUAGAGCUUGUGACUGGUUUCCAGGUCAUGGACGGCGAGAAACACAUCUUUGUCCUAGAAGGCCUGAGAGAGAAAUUUGUGUUCCAAACUUUACCUUCAAAGUCAGCUGCGGUGAGUGGAACUCCAAACUCUUUACUGAGGGAGACAAUCAUUUCGGCGGUUGGGAAGAGGUCAUUGCGUGUUGCAUUCCUCAAAAUGUCCUGA